AUCCAAACGUCUCGGACCUGAAUGCAGUGCGCAUGCUAUAAUAAAAUUUCCAGAUUGUUUACAUAUGAAUAUGUUGAUGAAGGCGUAUUAUUAAAUUGACUGUUUUGCCAUUAACUCCGGAGUACUUGUGUGAUAGAGGAUGCUUUAACUUAAGUGAGCAGCGAGCCCUGGGUUUGAUAGAUGAAAGCUUUUUGAUGUUCACAGAGACGAAGUGAGCGCUUCGCUCAUUGAUUCUGUAGUGAAAUAAUCCACGAUAACAGUAAUAUUCACACUCUCGGAGAUCUUUUCUAACAAUUUCAGAUGAAAAAAUGCGACGAAAUGUUUGCACAGUGCUGGGCAUAUGUAAUCUCGAUAACAGGAAGUAGACAAAUCGGGAAUAUGAGAAUAAGUCGCAGACCAGAAGGAAGAUAAACAACAAAAUCAAGAAACAAUGAAGGUGCCAUUAUGUAUGACGAACGGAAGGACAGACAGACGGACCGAAUGAUUGACGAACGGACGGAAGGACAGACGAACGGACGAAGGAAAUCGUGACGUCAUCAUUAAGGAGAACACGGUGGACAAGAGAUGUAGGCAAUUCGUGUCUAAAAUCAUCAGCUAGAGAAGCAGCAUAAAACAUCUUUGGGAACAUUGACGAAAGACUAUCGGCAACAUGGCAGACACAGAAGAACCAUUUUUCUCCAACAUGACGCUUCCUUUCCACAUCUCUUUUGUGUAUCCUAUCCCUCAGGCAUUCUACCUUAACGGCUUCGUGUCUCCCAUAUUAGUAUUUUUCACAUUGGUGACAAAUGCUUUUGUAGUUCUUAUUCUACUACGACGACACAUGCGCUCACCGACAAACGCGAUCUUGGCUGCCAUGGCAAUAUCCGACACGUUCACUGGGGUUUCUCCGCUUCCUGUCUUCAUCCAUUUCUUCUCUCUCGAAAACUACCACGACUUUGUCGAAUAUCACUGGUGUUACCUGUACAAGUUUCUUGGCGAGCUUAUUCCAACUAUAUUUCAUACAGCCUCGAUCUGGCUUACGGUUGCGUUGGCCAUUCAGCGGUAUAUUUAUAUCUGCCAUACAGCAACAGCUCGACGAUUUUGCACCAUUCGAAACGUCGUACUUGCAUCGAUCAUCAUUUAUGUUUUGGCUAUUCUGUCCCAAAUCACGCGUUUCUUUGAUUUUAAAUUCAUUCCCUUCCCCAUACCUGCAUUUGAGUCGCCGAAUAAAACACUGGUAUCGUGUAUUGAGCAAAUCAAUUCGUGGACAAGUCAAAAUGAAGAUUUAUAUUUCAACCUUUACUUUUGGUUCAGGGUAAUUUUCAUCCACUUCGUCCCAUGCACCAUUCUUGUGGUGAUAAACUCCAUAUUGAUUUGGACUCUUCGAACAGCCCAAAGACGAAGAAUGCAGCUUUUAAAACAAAACAAGAAAAGUGAGUUGAUGAAACUAAAGGAUAGCAACUGCACAACCCUGAUGUUAGUCUCUGUUGUGGGACUCUUUUUGCUUGUCGAGCUACCAUUGGGGGUUAUCAUGAUUCUGCAUCUCAUCCAAAAUAACUUUGAUCUUGACAUCAUGUCCAUCCAGACAUUCAGAUUAUUAACAUUGAUUUCCAACACCUUUAUUUUGCUGUCCUAUCCGCUGAAUUUUUUCAUUUACUGUGGAAUGAGUAGACAGUUUCGAGAAACGUUCAUGAAAAUGUUCUCCAAAUUGCCCAUGCCGACUCACCGAGAAUGUUCGCAUUACGCAUCGGUGCCUACAGAAAACGGUAGGACCAACGCCGAGACGACCAGGGAAACGAUGCUGUAACUGAUAGUUGAGAAAUCUGAUGUGAUCUGAGAGUACAUUAUCAAAAAUAUCAACAGCAUUUGUCAAAAUCUUGUUAUGUGCACAUUGCAGUUUUGUUUAUUGUCUUAUAUUAUUUAGAGUGGAAAUAUAUGUAAAUGUUUACACUGAGAGGACAUGCUGCGCACGAUAGUUGUUACAAUGUAACUACAUUGAAUUAGGAACGUGACUUGAUAUUCAUUGUUAUGUCUAGUGCACGGUGUUUAAGCAUUACUUGUUACAAUGUAGUCCAUAUUGUAAAUAAAUCCAUGCAAAUCACAAA